AUGAGCUUCGGAUCGGAGCACUACUUGUGCUCCGCCUCCUCCUACCGCAAGGUGUUCGGAGACGGCUCGCGCCUGUCCACGCGCCUCUCCGGGCCGGGAGGCUCAGGCAGCUUCCGCUCGCAGUCGCUGUCCCGCAGCAAUGUGGCCUCCACGGCCGCCUGCUCCUCGGCCUCGUCUCUCGGCCUGGGCCUGGCCUACCGCCGGCUGCCCGCCUCCGACGGGCUGGACCUGAGCCAAGCGGCGGCGCGCACCAACGAGUACAAGAUCAUCCGCACGAACGAGAAGGAGCAGCUGCAGGGCCUCAACGACCGCUUCGCCGUCUUCAUCGAGAAAGUGCACCAGCUGGAGACCCAGAACCGCGCGCUCGAGGCCGAGCUGGCAGCGCUGCGACAGCGCCACGCCGAGCCGUCGCGCGUCGGCGAGCUCUUCCAGCGCGAGCUGCGCGACCUGCGCGCGCAGCUGGAGGAGGCGAGCUCGGCGCGCGCGCAGGCCCUGCUGGAGCGCGACGGGCUGGCCGAGGAGGUGCAGCGGCUGCGGGCGCGCUGCGAGGAGGAGAGCCGCGGGCGCGAGGGCGCCGAGCGCGCCCUGAAGGCGCAGCAGCGCGACGUGGACGGCGCCACCCUGGCCCGCCUGGAUCUGGAGAAGAAGGUGGAGUCUCUGCUCGACGAGCUGGCUUUCGUGCGCCAGGUGCACGACGAGGAGGUGGCCGAGCUCCUGGCCACGCUGCAGGCGUCGUCGCAGGCCGCCGCCGAGGUGGACGUGUCUGUGGCGAAACCGGACCUGAGUUCGGCGCUCCGGGAGAUCCGCGCCCAGUACGAGUCCCUGGCCGCUAAGAACCUGCAGUCAGCCGAGGAGUGGUACAAGUCCAAGUUCGCCAACCUGAACGAGCAGGCUGCGCGCAGCACCGAAGCCAUCCGAGCCAGCCGAGAGGAGAUCCACGAGUACCGGCGCCAGCUCCAAGCUCGUACCAUUGAGAUCGAGGGCCUGCGCGGGGCCAAUGAGUCUCUGGAGAGGCAGAUCUUGGAACUGGAGGAGCGGCACAGCGCUGAGGUGGCCGGCUACCAGGAUAGCAUUGGGCAGCUGGAGAAUGACCUAAGGAACACCAAGAGUGAGAUGGCACGCCACCUUCGGGAAUACCAGGAUUUGCUCAAUGUCAAAAUGGCCCUUGACAUUGAGAUAGCGGCUUACAGGAAACUGCUGGAAGGCGAAGAGACACGAUUUAGCACCAGUGGAUUAAGCAUUUCAGGGCUGAAUCCACUUCCCAACCCAAGUUAUCUGCUCCCUCCUAGAAUCCUUAGUUCUGCAACCCCCAAAGCCUUAUCCACUGGGCUGUCACUUAAAAAGGAAGAGGAGGAAGAAGAGGAAGGGGCUUCUAAGGAAGCCUCUAAGAAAACAUCUAAGAUAGGGGAAAGUUUUGAAGAAACACUGGAGGAAACAGUAAUAUCUACGAAGAAAACCGAGAAGUCAAAUAUAGAAGAAAGCACCAUUUCAAGCCAAAAAAUGUAA